UCAGAGCCGAGGGGGGUGAGCGCUAGGUCGUCCGACUGCGGCGCCGAGCUCUAAAAAAAUGUCGCCGUAAACGACCGCAGAAUACGCGAAAAGACGCGGUUUUUCCGGCGGAGACGGGAGAGUACUCGUGUCCUACCAGCAGUGUGUCUUCCGAUCCUGACUGGGUCGACUCCGCGCCGGUUUUCGCCGGCACCCAGCGGCCCCGGACCGUGUGAUUGGUUUUCCCUUUCGCUCAGGCGAUGGUGCGAGCCGUGUGGGCGGUGCUCCGGAGAGUGACCUGCGAGGGAGCCGCCGCGCCGAAACCAAACGUACCUGUCGCGCGGUGGAGCAGAGCCGGCCGCACGCCUACCACCCGCCGCCGCAGCGCUUUGUCCAGUGAGGGGAGACACCCGCAGUCUGCGGUCAGAAUGCCCGAGAUAACCACGGAUCACCUGGACGAGAAGCAGGUGCAGCUGCUGUCUGAAAUGUGCAUCCUCAUCGAUGAGAACGACCACAGGGUUGGAGCUGACACCAAGAAAAACUGCCACCUCAACCCCAACAUCGAAAAAGGUUUGUUACACAGAGCUUUCAGCGUCUUCAUUUUCAACAACGAAGAGAAGCUGCUCCUACAACAGCGCUCUGACGCCAAAAUCACUUUUCCAGGCUGUUUCACAAACACAUGCUGCAGUCAUCCUCUACACACAGACAGUGAGCUGGAGGAGAAGGAUGCUAUAGGAGUGAGGAGAGCUGCUCAGAGGAGACUCAAAGCUGAACUGGGUAUCCCCAUGGAACAGGUGACACCAGACGAAAUGACAUAUCUAACAAGAAUCCACUACAAGGCCCAGUCAGACGGUGUUUGGGGAGAACAUGAGAUUGACUACAUCCUCUUCAUGCAGAAGGCCGUGGAGUUGAGCCCAGACCCCAAUGAGAUCAAAAGCCACUGUUACGUGAGCAAGGAGGAGCUGAAGGAGAUGCUAGAGAAGGCCAAGCGCAAGGAACUAGAGAUCACACCCUGGUUCAGCCUCAUCGCAGAGACCUUCCUCUUCAAGUGGUGGGACAACCUGCAGAACCUCAAACAGUUCAUGGACCACAAAAACAUCCACCGCAUGUAACCGCAACCAGGAUCAGGCCCGACCUCAGUCCUUUCGAACCUUUGCGUCUUACAGUGUUUGCCUGACAGACAAGCACAGCCAGCUGAGCUGCUGGAGGUCCCUGACCUUUAGAUGUCAAAAGAUAAGUAUCAUAAGUGUAGGAUUUCCACGCCAGAAUAGGGAGUGUGUAAGAGGUGAGGUGGUGCUCAGUAGGUUUGUAGCUCUGAGGUGCAUUCAUAGGCACGAGAGGCGACGCUAGUAGGGCAGGACUGACUCUUUAGUAAAGAAGUACGUCAGGUAAUCAGUUCUGAUAAGGAUUUACAGACUGAGCGGAGGACAUCUAACAUCUUAGUUUAUUAGACAGAACAUGAAGAGAAUAGCCUAUUUUUCUAUAAAAAUGUAAAGUAACUGAGUACAGGUCUAUAGGCUGAAAUUAAGAGUCUCCAAGUCACAACAACCACUAUCACUCUGUUUUUUGUUGAAAAUGAAAUCAGUGAACAAGCUGUAAGGUUGUACCCUUUCACACAAUAAAGUAUUUGAUUAUGGUCA